AUGGCUAGAACCAUUAGAGCACCCAAACACGUGGUCCAGCAAUGCACGCCACUCCCUCUCUUCUCGGUCUUCCUCGUCGCGCUCUGCUUCGCCGCUUCGAACCUGCCCCCCGCGAGCUCGGCGGACUCGUGCAGCAACGGCCUCAGCCUCGGCAGCCUCGUCCCCUUCAACACCACCGGCCUCACCUGCUUCCAAGCAUGGCCCUCGCAGGACUUCGUCCUAAGAUUCGGCAAGGCGGCGCCGGGGAGCAACGCGUGGAGCUUCGUGCUGUCGGCGCCGGACAACGGCGGGUACAUCUCCAUCGGCUUCUCGCCCACGGGUCGGAUGGUGGGGAGCAGCGCCGUGGCCGGGUGGGUGACGGCCGCCGGCGCGGGCUCCGCGAGGCAGUACUACCUCGGCGGGACCACCUCCAGGUCGUGCCCGCCGGACCAGGGCAAGCUGACGCUCGCGAGCGGCGCCGCGGCGCCGACCGUCGUGUCCAAGGGGUCCCGGCUCUACCUCGCGUUCCAGCUCGCCGGGCAGCCGCUCACUGACAUCGUCUACGCCGUGGGCCCUAGCGGCACCUUGCCGGGGUCGAACGGGCUGCUGCCGCAGCACCAGGACAUGGCGGCCGGCACCAUCAGCCUGUCCGGCGGCACCAGUGGCGGCGGCAGCCCUGCUACCGGCGGCGGUGAUGACGACGACGAUGGCGGAGAGGGCGGCGAAGGGAAGGGCAAGAGUAAUCGCUCAGGAGAGGGCAGCGGUGACGGUGGCGAAGACGGUGACGAGGGGAAGGGACAGAGGCGCACGUCCUCAGCCUCAGCAUCCAGCAGCUCGGGCGGCGCCUUCCAGAGCGCGGCGCGGCGGCACGGCGUGCUCGCGCUCGUCAGCUGGGGCGUGAUGGUGCCGGCGGGCGUGGCGCUCGCGCGCUUCUUCAAGCGGUUCGAUCCGUUCUGGUUCUACGCGCACGUCGUCGCGCAGGGCCUCGGGUUCCUGCUCGGCGUGGUGGCCGUGGUCGCCGGUUUCAGGCUCGACGACGACGAGGGCCCCGUCAUCACCCACAAGGCCAUUGGCGUCGCCGUCCUCGUCUGCGCCUUCCUGCAGGUGAUGGCGUUGCUGGCGAGGCCGGCCAAGGAGACCAAGGCCAGCAGGUACUGGAACUGGUACCACCACAACGUGGGCAGGGUGGCCGUCGUGCUCGGCGUCGCCAAUAUCUUCUACGGCCUCUCGUUGGCCAACGAACGGCAGGAGUGGAGCUACGUGUAUGGCAUUUUCAUCGGGGUCUUCGCGGUGGUUUACCUUGUGCUCGAGGAAUGGAGACGUAGGCAUUGA